AUGGCGUGGGACCACCUCUCAAUCACGAAGCCGCACUUGGUGUACAUCAUUCUGGGCGGCUUCACCACACUCUUCAUGCUGUGCUCCUCCAUCAUCAAGGAGAAGAUGUACAUUGGUGAAGCUACCGUUGCGACCAUCUGCGGUAUCAUCUUCGGUCCCCACGCCGCCAAUCUGAUCGAUCCGAAAAGCUGGGGCAAUGUCGACUUGGUUACCAUCGAAUUCUCCCGCAUUGUUCUCGUCGUCCAAUGUUUCGCCGUCGGUGUCGAAUUGCCCAAGUUCUACAUGGAGAAGCACUGGAGAUCCGUCACUCUGCUGCUGAUCCCCAUCAUGAUGUUCGGCUGGCUCAUUGUGAGUCUUUUUAUCUGGUGGCUCAUUGACCCAUUAUCCUGGCUCGAGAGUUUGGUCAUUGCCGCCUGUGUCACAGCGACCGAUCCCGUCUUGGCCUCCUCCGUCGUCGGUAAGGGCAAGUUUGCCAAGCGCGUUCCCAAGCACUUGCGAGACCUUUUGUCGGCAGAGUCCGGCUGCAACGACGGCAUGGCCUUUCCUUUCGUCUACCUUGGAAUCUACCUCAUUCAGGAACACAUGGAUGCCCGGAAAACGACGUUUCACUGGAUUGUCUACACGAUUCUCUAUGAGUGCAUCUUUGGCGCCAUUUUCGGCUUCCUCGUCGGCUACAUCGCACGUCAUGGCAUCAAGUUCGCAGAGGAGCGCGAUCUGAUUGAUCGGGAGAGUUUCCUGGUCUUCUACUUCGUGCUCGCUCUGUUCUGCGCUGGUGCCGGCAGUCUGCUCGGUAUGGACGAUCUACUAGUCGGAUUCGCUGCCGGUGUAGGUUUCUCAAACGACGGUUGGUUCUCCUCCAAGACGGAAGAAUCCCACGUGUCCAACGUUAUCGAUUUAUUGAUCAAUUUGGCAUACUUCGUCUUCCUGGGUACAAUCAUCCCUUGGGAGCAGUACAACAACGUCGCAGAGGGCAUCACCCCCUGGCGCUUAGUUGUAAUUGCCAUUUUUGUCAUCUUGUUCCGUCGCAUUCCCGCCAUGCUUAUCUUGAAGCCAUUCAUACCGGAUAUCAAAACUUGGCGUGAAGCAGUUUUCGCUGGUCACUUUGGCCCAAUUGGUGUCGGUGCCAUUUUUGUCGCCAUUCUAGCUCGCGCUGAGUUGCAAUGGGAGACGCCCGUGCCGCUCUCCGACACCCCACCGGACCACAUCGAACACAGAACACUCGUUGCGGUCAUCUGGCCUAUCGUCACAUUCCUUGUCAUAUCGUCCAUCAUUGUUCAUGGCUCAUCGGUCGCCGUGUUCACUCUCGGCAAACGCAUCAACACCUUGACAAUUACCAUGUCCUACACCACCGCCCCCGAGGACGGCCCUACAUGGAUGAACCGUCUACCAAGAAUCUCUUCGCAGUCUCGAUCACAAGCCCGAACCAUGUCCGACACCGAUGGAGAGGAGCUGAAGAUGCCCGAGUUCCCGCCUGGCACUCUCCCCCCAGUCGGCUUCCCUGGCAAUUUCUUGCGGCGUCAGAAAGACGAAGACGGUACGAAAUCUCGCGCACGAUCCACUUCACGAAAACGCAGCAAAAAGAACAACAAGUGGGACGAUGGUAUCGGACCUGGUGGACCUGUUUCCCAGUCUGCCAUCUUUCCCACUAAACGCGAGCCGCUGCUCAAUGAAAAGGAUCCUUCUUCACCUGACACCGAGGGCAUUAGGACUCCUAGACGCGAUUCCGAAAGAGGUCGCGCGAGAGACCCGGAGAAGGACGACGACGAAAUUACACCGUCCCCCGAUGAAAAUUCCAGCCGGACCCAAACGCCACCCAAGAUCCAGAUUUACGAAGAGGGAGACAACUUGGUGGUCGAGAACGAGGAUGGUGACGUGUUGACUGUUGAGCGCUCUGAGAGCAGGGCACAAGCGGUUGCGGAGGCUGAAGCCCAUCAUCGGGUACCAGUUGAGACCGAUAUGUCUGCUAUUGCGGCUGCCAAUGCGAAGCACGGCGAAAAGUUCAACUGGACCCUGGACUCGUUCAAGCGGAAGGUCGGGGAUGUGUACACGUCGGAAGUGGAGAAGCGCAAGGAGAAGAGCAAGUCUGACAGGCGGCAUGAGCCAGCUCGAGCCUUCCAGUUCGGCAAUACCAUCAUUGUUGAAGACGAAGACGGUGAAGUUAUCAAAACUUACGAGCUGCCGUCAUCAAAAGCUCCCAAGGAAUCUGGGGCAGGCCUCACUCAGCAAAGUCUCAAGUAUCUCGGCAUGGGAGGUCUUCUGAAGGCAUCAGAGAAGCCCGCGGUUGAAGACGGAAACAAUGGAGAAUCAAGUGCCGAGGGCGCUGCGAAGAUACCCGCCAAGUCAGGGUGGCAGAAGUACCUCGGCGGAGGCGCUGGUGGCGCUCCAAAGAAGAACGCUGCUGAAGGUGAGAAAGAAGACGACCGACACAUCAGGUUCACGAUUGGUGGAAUCGGCCAGCGGAUGACAAAGGAAGACUUUAUUCGGGAAGUGCAAAAGCUUGAUGACAAGACCCGGCGACAGGUUGUGGACCAGUCUACUGCUUCUCAGCGCGUAAAGUCAAUCGCAAAGGGGGACAUUCCUUCACCGGCUGACAGAUAUGCAAACAUCCCGACAAUCAAGAUUGGAAGUGAUUCCAACGAGAAAAGCUCUGGGUCUUUCACGCCACAGCGGGUGAACACGGCGCCGGCGUUGCCACCGGCCCCCGCAGCACAAGCAGAUGCGGAGGGUGACGAGGAGACGGCUGCCGAGAAGAAGCGGAGGCUGGCAGUUCUCUCGAACCAAAGCGACGAAGAUUUAGACAGUGGUGAGACACCUGCCGAGAGACGUCGUAGGGAGGCUGCGCUCGGUACGAAUGAAGGGGAUGACGACUCGGAUGAUGAAGGCGGGGAGCGAGUUCCGCCAACGAGGAGAGGUAUUCGAUUUGCAGAGAGCACAGUGCCGAGAGGACGAAAGUAG